CCGCCCGCCGCCACUCGCCGGGAGAGGGGAGGAGGAGCGGCUGCGAGCUCGGCUCUGGGCACCUCACCCUGCCCGGCAGCGCGGCGGCACCGAGCGCGGUACGCCGGGGCACCGCACCGCCCGCACUUGCGCCGCAGCCCGGGGCCAUAGGUGCUCUUUAUGGCAUGUGGCUGGUAACUUUUUUCCUGCUGUACUCUUUGCGGAAAGCACACGCUGAAGAUGUUGGAACCAGCCUCUACUUUGUGAACGACUCUAUCCAGCAGGUCACCUUCUCCAGCACAGUGGGGGUGGUGAUCCCCUGCCCGGCAGCAGGGUCACCCAGCGCCGUCCUUCGGUGGUACCUGGCCACAGGCGACGACAUCUACGAUGUGCCCCACAUCCGGCAUGUCCAUGCCAAUGGGACUUUGCAGCUCUACCCCUUCUCGCCAUCAGCCUUCAAUAGCUUUAUCCACGACAACGACUACUUCUGCACCGCGGAGAACUCGGCUGGCAAAAUCAGGAGCCCAAACAUCCGUGUUAAAGCAGUUUUCAGGGAACCGUACACCGUUCGGGUGGAGGACCAAAGGUCGAUGCGUGGAAACGUGGCUGUUUUCAAGUGCCUCAUCCCCUCUUCAGUGCAGGAAUACGUUAGUGUUGUGUCCUGGGAGAAAGACACCGUUUCUAUCAUCCCAGAAAAUAGGUUUUUUAUUACUUCUUAUGGAGGUUUGUACAUAUCGGACGUGCAGAAGGAAGAUGCCUUGUCCACCUACAGGUGUAUCACCAAGCACAAAUACAGUGGGGAGACGCGGCAGAGCAACGGAGCCAGGCUCUCGGUCUCAGACCCGGCAGAGUCCAUCCCCACGAUGCUAGACAGCUUCCAGUCCCGGGAGGUGAGGGCGGGCCGCCCGGUGGAGCUGCCCUGCAUCGCCUCAGGAUACCCCAACCCGGCCGUGCGGUGGAUCAAGGACGGGCGCCCGCUGCCCACCGACAGCCGCUGGACCAAGCGCAUCACAGGGCUGAGCAUCAGUGACCUGCGCGUGGAGGACAGCGGGACCUACAUCUGCGAGGUGACCAACACCUUUGGGUCCGCAGAGGUCACGGGGACCCUCACGGUCAUAGACCCUCUGCGUGUGACCCUCACACCAAAGAAGCUCAAAACAGGCAUCGGCAGCACCGUCAUCCUCUCUUGUGCCCUCAGCGGGUCCCCCGAGUACGUUAUCCGCUGGUACCGCAACACGGACCUCGUGGUGGUGGAUGACUACAUCUCCAUCCGGGGCAUCAGCAAUGAGACCCUCCUCAUCACGGCUGCGCAGAAGAGCCACUCUGGAGCCUACCAGUGCUUUGCCACCCGCAAGUCCCAGACAGCACAGGACUUCUCCAUCAUCAUGCUGGAGGAUGGGACCCCCCGCAUCGUCUCCUCCUUCAGCGAGAAGGUGGUCAACCCGGGGGAGCAGUUCUCCCUGAUGUGCGCCGCCAAGGGGGCCCCGCCGCCGACCGUGACCUGGGCACUGGACGACGAGCCCAUCCCGCGGGACAGCGGGCACCGCACCAACCAGUACACCAUGUCGGACGGCACCACGGUCAGCCACAUGAACGUGACGAGCCCGCAGAUCAAGGACGGCGGCGUGUACCGGUGCACCGCGCGGAACUCGGUGGGCAGCGCCGAAUACCAAGCGCGAAUAAACGUAAGAGGUCCCCCGAGCAUCCGAGCGAUGAAGAACAUAACAGCGGUAGCGGGUAGGGACACUUUCAUCAACUGCAGGGUGAUCGGGUACCCGUAUUACUCCAUCAAGUGGUACAAGGACUCUCUGCUGCUGCCCGAUAACCACCGCCAAGUGGUCUUUGAAAACGGGACUCUAAAGCUGAUGGACGUCCAGAAAGGCAUGGAUGAAGGAGAGUAUCUGUGCAGCGUGCUGAUCCAGCCCCAGCUCUCCAUCAGCCAGAGCGUCCAUGUCACAGUGAAAGUCCCGCCUCUGAUCCAGCCCUUCGAGUUCCCUCCAGCCUCCAUCGGGCAGCUCCUCUACAUCCCCUGCGUGGUGUCCUCCGGGGACAUGCCCAUCCACAUCACCUGGAGGAAGGACGGGCACGUCAUCCUCUCCGGCUCCGGCGUCACCAUCGAGAGCAAGGAGUUCAUGAGCUCCCUGCAGAUCUCCAGCGUGUCCCUCAAGCACAAUGGCAACUACACCUGCAUCGCCAGCAAUGACGCUGCCACGGUCAGCCGGGAGCGGCAGCUCAUCGUGCGGGUGCCUCCUCGGUUUGUGGUGCAACCCAACAACCAAGAUGGCAUUUACGGAAAAGCUGGGGUGCUGAAUUGCUCCGUUGAUGGUUACCCCCCUCCGAAAGUCAUGUGGAAACACGCGAAAGGAAGCGGCAACCCCCAGCAGUACCACCCCAUACCCCUCACGGGCCGCAUCCAGAUCCUGCCCAACAGCUCCCUGCUCAUCCGCCACGUGCUGGAGGAGGACAUCGGCUACUACCUCUGCCAGGCCAGCAACGGCGUGGGCACGGACAUCAGCAAGUCCAUGUUUCUCACCGUGAAGAUCCCGGCCAUGAUCACCUCCCACCCCAACACCACCAUCGCCAUCAAGGGGCAGACCAAGGAGCUCAACUGCACGGCGCGGGGCGAGCGGCCCAUCAUCAUCCGCUGGGAGAAGGGCGACACCGUCAUCGACCCCGACCGCAACAUGCGCUACGCCAUCACCACCAAGGACAACGGCGACGAGGUCAUCUCCACCCUCAAGCUGAAGCCAGCUGACCGUGGGGACUCGGUCUUCUUCUCCUGUCAUGCCAUCAACUCCUAUGGCGAGGACAGAGGCUUGAUCCAGCUCACCGUCCAAGAGCCCCCUGACCCACCAGAGCUGGAGAUCCGCGAGGUGAAGGCCCGCAGCAUGAACCUGCGAUGGACACAGCGGUUUGAUGGCAACAGCAUCAUCACCGGCUUCGAUAUCGAGUACAAGAACAAGUCAGAUUCCUGGGAAUUCAAGCAGUCUACGCGCAACAUCUCCCCGACCAUCAACCAGGCGAACAUCGUGGACCUGCACCCGGCCUCCGUGUACAGCAUCCGCAUGUACUCCUUCAACAAGAUCGGGCGCAGCGAGCCGAGCAAGGAGCUCACCAUCAGCACGGAGGAAGCAGCUCCUGAUGGGCCUCCAAUGGAUGUCACCUUGCAGCCGAUGACAUCCCAGAGCAUCCAAGUUACCUGGAAGGCGCCGAAGAAGGAGCUGCAGAACGGGGUGAUCCGCGGCUACCAGAUCGGCUACCGGGAGAACAGCCCGGGCAGCAACGGGCAGUACAGCAUUGUGGAGAUGAAGGCCACGGGCGACAGCGAGGUCUACACGCUGGACAACCUGAAGAAGUUCGCGCAGUACGGGGUGGUGGUGCAGGCGUUCAACCGCGCUGGGACGGGGCCGUCGUCCAGCGAGAUCAAUGCCACCACGCUGGAGGACGUUCCCAGCCAGCCUCCCGAGAACGUGCGGGCCAUCUCCAUCACAUCGGAUGUGGCCGUGAUCUCCUGGUCGGAGCCGCCACGCAGCACCCUCAACGGGGUGCUCAAGGGAUACCGGGUCAUCUUCUGGUCCCUCUACAUGGAUGGAGAGUGGGGUGAGAUGCAAAACAUCACGACCACGCGGGAGCGCGUGGAGCUGCGGGGCAUGGAGAAGUUCACCAACUACAGCGUGCAGGUGCUGGCGUACACCCAGGCUGGCGACGGCGUCCGCAGCAGCGUGCUCUACAUCCAGACCAAGGAAGACAUUCCAGGUCCCCCGGCCGGCAUCAAGGCUGUCCCAUCCUCUGCCAGCAGUGUGGUGGUGUCCUGGCUGCCACCAGCCAAGCCCAAUGGCAUCAUUCGGAAGUACACCAUCUUCUGUUCCAGCCCCGGCUCCGGGCAGCCGGCCCCCAGCGAGUACGAGACCAGCCCUGACCAGCUCUUCUACCGCAUUGCGCACCUGAACCGCGGGCAGCAGUACAUGCUCUGGGUGGCUGCCGUCACCUCCGCCGGCCGCGGCAACAUCAGCGAGAAGGUCACCAUCGAGCCUGCUGGGAAAGCCCCUGCCAAGAUCAUCUCCUUUGGAGGCACCGUCACCACCCCAUGGAUGAAGGAUGUGAGGCUGCCAUGCAACUCUGUUGGGGAGCCGGUCCCUGCCAUCAAGUGGACCAAGGACAGCGAGGACUCUGCCAUCCCGGUGACGGUGGAUGGCCAUCGCCUCAUCCAGACCAACGGCACGCUGGUGCUGCGCUCGGUGAAAGCGGAGGACUCGGGGUACUACACCUGCACCGCCACCAACACGUGGGGCUUCGACACCAUCAUCAUCAACCUGCUGGUCCAAGUGCCCCCGGACCAGCCCCGCCUGACCGUGUCCAAGACCUCAGCGUCAUCCAUCACACUGGCCUGGAUUCCUGGGGACAACGGGGGCAGCUCCAUCCGAGGCUUCGUGCUCCAGUACUCUGUGGACAACAGCGAGGAGUGGAAGGACGUGUUCAUCAGCUCCUCAGAGCGCUCCUUCAAGCUGGAGAGCCUCAAGUGCGGCACUUGGUACAAGGUGAAGCUGGCGGCCAAGAACAGCGUCGGGGCCGGCCGCAUCAGCGAGAUCAUCGAGGCCAAGACCCACGGCAGAGAGCCCUCCUUCAGCAAGGACCAGCACCUCUUCACCCACAUCAACUCCACGCACGCCAGGCUGAACCUGCAGGGCUGGAGCAGCGGGGGCUGCCCCAUCACCGCCAUCGUGCUGGAAUACCGGCCCAAGGGCAACUGGGGCUGGCAGAGCCUGCGCACCAACAGCUCCAGCGAGGUGUUCCUGACGGAGCUGCGCGAGGCUACCUGGUACGAGCUCCGCAUGAAGGCCUGCAACAGCGCCGGCUGCGGCAACGAGAGCGCGCAGUUCGCCACGCUGGACUACGACGGCAGCACCAUCCCACCCAUCAAGUCUGCGCAAGGGGAGGGCGACGACGUCAAGAAGCUCUUCACCAUCGCCUGCCCCGUGAUCCUGGCCACGCUGGGGGUAGCGCUGCUCUUCAUCAUCCGCAAGAAGAGGAAGGAGAAGCGGCUGAAGAGGCUUCGAGAUGCCAAGAGUUUGGCUGAAAUGCUGAUCAGCAAGAACAACCGCAGCUUCGACACGCCAGUGAAGGGGCCCCCGCAGGGCCCCCGCCUGCACAUCGACAUCCCGCGGGUGCAGCUCCUCAUUGAGGACAAGGAGGGCAUCAAACAGCUCGGGGAUGACAAAGCCACGAUCCCAGUGACUGACACAGAGUUCAGCCAGGCAGUGAAUCCCCAGAGCUUCUGCACGGGUGUCUCGCUGCAUCAUCCUGCUCUGAUCCAGAACACGGGGCCCCUCAUCGACAUGUCUGACAUCCGCCCCGGCACCAACCCUGUGUCAAGGAAGAGCGUCAAGUCUGCGCACAGCACCCGCAACCGGUACUCCAGCCAGUGGACCCUCACCAAGUGCCAGGCGUCCACGCCAGCACGGACCCUCACCUCGGACUGGAGGACAGUGGGCUCCCAGCACGGCAUCACCGUCACCGAGAGCGACAGCUACAGCGCCAGCCUCUCUCAGGACACUGACAAGGGGCGCAACAGCAUGGUGUCGACGGAGAGUGCCUCCUCUACCUACGAGGAGCUGGCACGUGCCUACGAGCACGCAAAGCUGGAGGAGCAGCUGCAGCACGCCAAGUUUGAGAUCACCGAGUGCUUCAUCUCGGACAGCUCCUCAGACCAGAUGACCACGGGCACGACGGACAACGCCGACAGCAUGACCUCCAUGAGCACCCCGUCCGAGCCCGGCAUCUGCCGCUUCACCGCUUCCCCACCCAAGCCCCAGGACAGCGAACGGGGCAAGAGCGUGGCCGUCCCCAUCCCGCACCGCGCCAGCAAGAGUGACUACUGCAACCUCCCUCUCUACGCCAAGUCGGAGGCCUUCUUCCGCAAGCCGGGCAGCGAGCCGUGCCCGGUGGUGCCGCCGCGGGAAGCCUCCAUCCGCGGGCUGGCGCGGGCCUACCCCGCUCCCGCUCGGCACCUCACGCUGGAGCCCGGCGCCAAGCCCCUGGGGCUGCCCCCGCCGGCCCCCGCCGCAACCACCUUACCUCAGAGGACUCUGCCCAUGCCCAGCACCACCGGCGCCACCGCGCCCAGCACCAGCGCCGCGCCAGCGCCCGCCACCACCGAGCCCCCCGCUGCCGAGCGGGGCCCCACGCACUCCAAAGUGGGGGGCUCCAGGGACUCGCUCCUAGAAAUGAGCACAUCGGGGGUAGGAAGGUCUCAAAAACAGGGGGCUGGAGCCUACUCCAAGUCCUACACGCUGGUGUAGGCACCACGCAGAGACCGCCCGCCACGGAUGCUGCUCGUUUCCCUGCGCCAUUUAUAUUUAAUUAACAAACUUGUACAUAAAAGGACUCUUUUGUAUAAAUGAAGCUAUUUUCUUCUUCUCCGAACAGAAAAAGAAACCAGGGCACAAAGAAUUUGCUGUUACAGAUUUAAAAAUAUAAUAUAUAUGUAAACAUAUAUAUAUAUUUCACAUCAUUUUGAAAGGGCACAAGGAAAGACUCAGCGACUUCCCCCCCCCCCCGAUCUCGUUGGUGGUUUUGAAGAGGAACGUCUCCAAGACAUUGCAUGCUAUUUUACUGUUCUGAAAACAGCAGGAGUUGCUUCAAUUUGCAAAUGCUUAUGUGUUAAUACCUUUUUCUAUGAAAAAAAGCCCAGCGCUGUGUGCAAUAAAGGUUAUGUUUAUAC